AAAACAGCCAAUGAUGGAUUGGAGAAAAAGUAAAUAACUUAUACUCAAAGUUGCAUCUUAAAUAUUAAUAAAGCCUUGCAAGCAACAAAUAUACGUUCAUUCUUUUCAUGGCUCCUAGAGAUAACCAAAACAAUCUUGGACUUAUAUGUUUAAUUUUAUGUCCAAAAAAGACAGAGUAUUUACAAUAUAUUUUCCCCCUAACUAAAGGUAUUUUAAAGUAUAGGUUAUAGCUAUAUUUAGUAUUUACCAAUUUAUUUAUACAUAGAUAUUAGAUAAUCAUUUAGAUUGCUUAAUUUGUUAAACAAUAUCCAUAAACCUAUUAUCCAUUACAAACCUUCCCCUAUAAAUACUUGACAUUGCUUCAUUCUCCACAUAUACCUUAAACAAAAAUACCAAAGUACCUUUUUCUUAGGAUGGAACUCUUGUGGAAAUCUCACAUGAAGAUACAUGUAAUUAAAUUGGUUUAUGUUCUUGUUUUGGUGACACUAAUGAAUUCUAAGGUAGCUGAGAGCAGAAAAGACAAAAUUAUAAGCACUUCUUUUGAGUACAAUGCUAUAAAUUGCAGGGCACAUAGUGUUUCAUUAAAGGAUUUUGGUGGUGUUGGAGAUGGAAAAACAUCAAACACAAAAGCUUUUCAAUCUGCAAUAAGUCAUUUUAGUCAAUAUGCUUCUGAAGAAGGUUCUCAGUUGUAUGUUCCUGCUGGAAAAUGGCUUACUGGAAGCUUUAAUCUUAUAAGUCAUUUUACAUUAUAUUUACACAAAGAUGCUGUUCUUCUUGCUUCUCAGGAUGUAAAUGAAUGGCCAGUGAUCAAACCACUACCAUCCUAUGGUAGAGGAAGAGAUGCAGCAGCUGGAAGGUACACCAGCCUCAUUUUUGGAACAAAUCUCACUGAUGUUAUUGUCACAGGGGAUAAUGGCACUAUAGAUGGUCAAGGAUCAUUUUGGUGGCAACAAUUUCACAGCAAAAAGUUGAAAUACACUCGUCCUUACUUGAUUGAAUUAAUGUUCUCAGACAACAUUCAAAUCUCCAAUCUAACCCUCCUUGAUUCUCCAUCAUGGAAUAUUCAUCCUGUUUAUAGCAGCAAUAUUAUAAUUAAAGGCAUAACCAUCAUUGCUCCUAUAAGAUCUCCAAACACUGAUGGAAUCAACCCAGAUUCAUGUACAAACACAAAAAUUGAAGAUUGCUACAUAGUUUCUGGAGAUGAUUGUGUAGCAGUGAAAAGUGGAUGGGAUGAGUAUGGCAUAAAAUUUGGAUGGCCAACAAAACAACUAGUGAUCAGAAGGUUAACAUGCAUUUCACCAUACAGUGCAACUAUUGCCUUGGGAAGCGAAAUGUCAGGCGGAAUACAAGACGUCAGAGCCGAAGACAUAACAGCCGUCAAUACCGAAUCAGGAAUCAGAAUCAAAACAGCUGUAGGGAGAGGAGGGUAUGUGAAAGACAUAUAUGUAAAGAAAAUGACAAUGCAUACAAUGAAAUGGGCGUUUUGGAUAACAGGUAACUAUGGUUCACAUGCUGAUAAAAAAUAUGAUCAUAAUGCUUUACCUGAGAUCAAAAACAUCAACUAUAGAGAUAUGGUAGCUGAAGAAGUCAGCAUGGCUGGUAAUUUAGCAGGAAUUUCUAAUGACCCUUUUACUGGAAUAUGCAUUUCCAAUGUGACAAUUAGUAUAGCUGCUAAAGCUAAGAAACAGCCAUGGACAUGUAGUGAUAUUGCAGGAAUCACAAGUGGUGUUACUCCUAAGCCUUGUGAUUUGUUACCUGAUCAAGGAUCAGAGAAUAUCAAAUCAUGUGAUUUUCCAUCUGAUUAUCUACCUAUUGAUAUGUUGGAGCUGAAGAAAUGUACUUACAGCAUUUAAACAUGCAUGAGUCAAUUAUUAAGAUGUAAUAUUUAGUUCUUUAUUUACUGUUAGUGUUUUAUCAUGUUAUUUACAAAUCAUUGCUCAAGCUUAGAAAUGUAUUGUAUGUUAAUGUCAAUGUCAAAUUAUAGCUAUGAAAUGAAACAGCUUUCUUUUUCUCUAUAAGUUGAUUAUAUGGCUUGAUAUUAAGCUGCUAA